UGGAACGAAUUUUAAUUAAGAUCACUGGUGGCAGAAUAUAUUAAAAAAUAAUAGUAAUAUAAUGUGGGUUUUAAUACGAUACACUUGAAGUUUUUUCAGUGGAUAAAAGUAUCUGUAUUCGCGGGGAAAGAAAACAAGGAGGCAUUUUGAGUUAGUGAAAUAGUCGGUCGGUUGAUUAAUUGGCUUUCAGCGUGUACCGUACCUUCUCAUAUUAUCCGCUAUAUCAAUAAUCGGUUUCCUUUUCUAUCGUGUGUGAGCAGGAGAACUGUUGUUGAGUUUUAAGUACAACAGUGUUGCCGCUAUCGAAGAAAAUUAAGAUGGAGGAGGAUAGAAAUAAAAUGAGCAGUUCCGAAGAAGUCUCUUGGGUAACAUGGUUUUGUGGGCUGCGCGGCAAUGAAUUCUUUUGUGAGGUUGAUGAGGAUUAUAUACAAGAUAAAUUUAAUUUAACCGGAUUAAAUGAACAAGUUCCCAAUUAUAGAAAUGCUCUUGAUAUGAUCCUUGAUCUCGAGCCAGAAGAUGAUCUGGAAGAGAAUCAACUGCAAUCAGAUAUGACGGAACAGGCAGCAGAAAUGCUGUACGGCUUGAUACAUGCCCGAUACAUUUUGACAAAUCGCGGAAUUGCGCAAAUGAUCGAAAAAUACCAAACUGGUGAUUUUGGACAUUGCCCACGUGUAUAUUGUGAAAGCCAGCCCAUGUUACCUUUAGGUCUAUCAGAUAUACCUGGUGAGGCUAUGGUAAAAACCUAUUGCCCCAAAUGUAUUGAUGUAUAUACGCCAAAAUCGUCGCGUCAUCAUCACACGGAUGGUGCUUACUUUGGCACGGGAUUUCCACACAUGCUCUUCAUGGUUCAUCCUGAAUAUCGUCCUAAGCGGCCGACUAAUCAAUUUGUUCCAAGACUUUAUGGCUUCAAAAUUCAUAGCUUAGCUUAUCAAAUUCAACUACAGGCAGCAGCCACCGUUAAAAUGCCACUUCGAGCGAAAAAUUAAUAAAAAUUAAGAAAUACAAACCACAAAAACAACUCAAGCAAACUUAAAAAUGUAGAGAUCAUGAUGAAAGUUCGUUUUGUUUAAGAAAUAAAUUGAAAGGCAGCCAAAAACACACACAAACAACAUUAGAAACUGAGAUACAAUAACUAAUCAGCACAAAAUGUAUUGAAUUUUCCACGGAAAUCGUCUUCACUAAAUAUGCGAUACACAAAACACACACACACACAUUAACUUUCACAGUCAAACAACCUACAUUUGCUAAUGUAUUGAAGUUUUGUAUUGUUAACGCAUGUCAUAAAACACUACUUAGACAUAUUUUUCAUUUCAUCCAAUUCUACCCAACACAAAUGGCAUCAUAAAAGUGACGAAAUUCAAUACAAUAUCGAAGCUUUUUCUAAUACGCCGUAUUUUUUAUUUUUAUAUAUAUAAAACUCCUCUGGUAGGAAUGAGAUAAACAUUCACAGAUUCACAUCAACUUGCAUUCUGUUAAUGUAGUUUUGAAUGAUGAAUAAAUUUUAAUAUAAUAAUCAUUUUGUAUACACGCUCUUAAUUGAAACUAAAAACAUAAGAUGAUAUAAUUUCACUAAGUUAAAAGUGAACGAUUUUUAUGAAGCUAUCAUAUAAAAGUCCGGAAAAUUAUAGGUUAAAUAGUGUAGUCAUGAUUUUCAGUCUAUAAUCUGUUUAAAAACAUUUGUAUUAUUAUAUACUAAAAAAAUAUAUAUACAAUUGAAAUAACUCCGUUUAAAUAAACAUAGAAUGUUUCGCAUCGAUACAUUAGGAUAAAAUCCA